AUGGAAGAAAGUAUCGACUACUUCGUAGCCUUCACUGGCGCAAGUACUGAAGUUGCGAGACGAUAUCUAGGCUUGACCGAAAACAACACAGAGCAAGCCAUCCAGCUCUUCUUCGACUCUCCCGAUCUUGCCUCUGGUGCCGACCAGAUCCCACAAGAUGCCGCUCCUCCAGUGCCUAUGUCUACACGGCCACAGACCAGCGCGCAGAGAAGUGCCCCACCAGAAUCAGAUGAGGAGGAUCUCAUGGAUAUGGACUACAACGAUGGUAGUGAUGAUGAGGCAUCAAGAGCUGCAGCUAUUGGGAGGGCAGUAGAGAUCGAAGACGACGAGGCUAUGGCUCGACGUAUGCAAGAGGAGAUGUAUGCAGGCGGAGAUGCCAGUGGGGGAUUCGAUGCAGAUGGAGUUCGUGCUCCUAUUGGGCGUAGGACCGAAACUCUUGUGGGUGGACCUGAUGCGGAAUGGGCUCCAGAUGAUAUGCAUGCGGCUGUUUUGCAGCAAAUGCGAGCCAGACAAUCCCGGCCUUCUCGAUUGGGAGUCUUUAACCAAGCACCAGUUUCCUCAAUUUGGGAAGAGAACGCAGAUCCAGCAGCACGCCGCGAAGGCCUUGCUCGCGCGACUGGAGGAGCCUCGGAGUCAUCAUCGAAGAACGCCCGGUUAGCAGAGUUGUUUCGACCACCCUUUGAGCUCAUGCUGCAGGUACCGUGGGACACAGCGCGAGAUAAGGCAAAGGAGGACGGAAAGUGGAUUCUGGUCAACGUGCAAGAUCCUUCAUUUUUCGACUGCCAGCAACUCAACAGGGAUAUUUGGAAGCAUGAAGGGAUCAAGGAGCUCGUGAAGGAGAAUUUCAUUUUCAUUCAGUACUCGAAAGACGACCCCCGAGGUGCUCAGUACGUCCAAUAUUACUUUCCACUGAAGGAUAGUGACUCCGCAUACCCACACAUCGCUAUAGUUGACCCGAGAACUGGAGAGCAGGUUAAAGUUUGGUCGGGACCACCAGUCCCACCGGCUGGAGACUUUCUCAUGCAACUUGUGGAAUUCCUCGAUAGAUAUAGUUUGGAUGUCACGAAGAAGAAUCCUGUUGCCAAGCGGAAACCAGAGAAGUCGAAAUCUAUUGACGUGGACCGACUUACUGAGGAAGAGAUGCUAGACCUUGCUCUGAAGAACAGUCUUGCAAGCAAUGGUUCACCUGGCCCAAAACCGGACGAUCCAGAUGACCUGACCAAGAGUUUCGGAGAUGUGAAGGGCAAAGGAAAGGAGAUUGCUGAAGCGGACCUAGCCGAGCAAGAGACCAAUGUUGGUAGCAGCCAACCUCAAGCAGAUUCACCUUUCUCCCGCAUAUCAUCCACAAGUCCUCACGUUGAGCCUGCCACUGGGCCACGAAUUCAAUUUAGACAUCCAAAUGGCCGUGUCGUGCGCAGAUUCAGCCAAGAUGAUACAGUGAGAACGAUCUACGAAUGGUUGAAGGCAGAGCCGUUAGAGGGCAAGGAAGGAGUGCCCUUCGAGCUAAAGGAAGGUGGGGGAAUGGGCAAGGAGAUGAGAGAUCUGAUCGAGCACCUCGAUGUCACGAUCAAAGAUGCAGGACUCGGCGGUGGUACAGUCAUGGUGGAGUUUCUCGAGGACUAG